AUGUAUUGCACUUUCAGACAGACGGGCGAUAAUGUGGACGAAGAGGAGUCCAACACUCUCGGCCACUGGAGACUCGGCUCACAACAACCCGGGGCGCUUCCAGCUCGGCAGCACUGGACGCGGAUCAGCCAGAACGACACCGAGAUCAGCCAAUUUGACAAGAUGUUCUGGUGCAGACGAGAUAUCUCGUCGUGGAUUUCCCUUCUACUCUUCGGUUCAACCUAUCUUUCCAAAGAUAUUCUCAUCCAGCCAGAAGUGGAAUGCAGUUUCGACCGUGCCUCAGCUGACCUCAUCAGAAACCACAGCGGGACGUAA